CCAUCGAUGACGGGAUUUCAAACUGACUCUGAAGUUAUAUAAUGGAUAUGUUCAUCUCAAUCAACCUCAAUCAAUCAAUAUAACAUUCAUCACAAAGAAAGGAGCGUGCAAGUCAUUUACCAAGCAGCAAAGGCUGCCUACUCUUUCCACCCCGCCUAAACGCACAUCUAAACAAAUCCGACGAUCAUGUCAGAUAAUCGUGGUAAUCAAGAUGAAUUGCAUCUUCAUGUGCAAAACUCAAAUACGCCCUCAGAUAGUCAAAAGAGUGAAUUGGUAAACGAAAAUCAACAAUCAAUCUAUAAACCAAAUGAUGAAAAAUCAAUCGUUGCUUCGGCCAAUACAGUUGGAAUCACUCCAAACGAAAAGAUUGAAGAACAAGAUGGAAGUAAUAGUAUCGCUGUUGAUAUGUCAGACGGUGAAGGAAGUAUGGACGAAGAUGAAAUGAUCUUGGCAAAAGCAAGAUUCGUGGAUUUGUUCAGAUUUGCGACUAAAUGGGAUAUCUUUUGGAACUUGUGUGGUGUGGUGGCAGCAGGUGCAGCAGGGGCCGCUCAACCGAUUAUGACAAUCAUCUUUGGUAAUCUGACAACGACGUUUUUGACAUACACAAACACACUUUCCGAUAAAAACGCCACUCCCGAAUCUUUGGCAGCAGCAAGGGCGUCACUUAAACAUUACAUCAGUCAAGAUGCACUCUAUCUUGUCUAUACCGGUAUUGCUAUGUUUGGUGCUACGUACAUCUAUAUGGCAACAUGGAUCUAUACAGGAGAAGAAAUUACCAGAAGAACGCGAGAGACAUAUCUUGCCUCCAUCUUACGUCAAGAGAUUGCUUAUUUCGACACAAUCGGAGCAGGAGAAGUAACUUCACGCAUUCAAAAUGACAUUCAUCUUAUUCAAGAAGGUAUUUCGGACAAAUUUCCAAUGAGCGUCAUGUUUGUUGCCACGUUUAUUGCCGGUUUUGUUGUAGCUUAUGCUCGUUCUUGGCAAUUAUCCCUUGCGAUGAGUUCAGUCUUGCCAUGCAUCAUUGGUGCAGGUGCAUUGAUGAACGUGUUUGUCACCAAGUAUCAACAGAUCGAAUUGCAGUAUAUCGCCCAGGCUGCCUCUGUCGCAGAAGAAGCUUUGAGUACCGUCCGAACCGCCAAAGCGUUUGCCAUUGAACAAAGGUUGGUUGACUUGUACGAUGAAAGCAACGUAGAAACGACAAAGCAAGGAAAGCGGAAAGCCAUCGUUCAAGGUGUAGGUUUCGGAAUAUUCUUCUUUGUCAUUUAUGCUUCGUAUGGAUUGGCUUUCUACUUUGGAUCGAAACUGCUAGCAAGUGGUCGCUUGGACAGUGGAACAGUGAUGAACGUGAUCUUUUCAAUCUUUAUUGGUGCAUUUUCAUUGGCAAUGUUGGCGCCUAAUCUUACAGCUUUGUCUUAUGCCACUUCUGCUGCUGCAAAGAUUUACGAAACGAUCGAUCGUCAAUCGCAAAUUGAUUCUGCCAAUCCGACAGGUUUGAAGCCGGAAAAGUGUAUUGGGGAAAUUGAAUUACAAAAUGUCUUUUUCCGUUAUCCUGCCAGACGUGAGGUGCCGAUUAUGGAAGAUUUUUCACUUCGUGUUCCGGCUGGCAAGUCGACUGCUUUGGUGGGCGCAAGUGGAAGUGGUAAAUCUACCAUUGUUGCCUUGUUGGAGCGAUUCUAUGAUCCUGAUGAAGGUCGUGUUCUGCUGGAUGGCGUUGAUACGAAAGAGAUCAAUUUGAUCUGGUUACGUACUCAGAUGGGAUAUGUGGCUCAAGAGCCGGUCUUAUUCUCUACAACCAUCCGCAAGAAUAUCGAAUAUGGUCUUAUCAAUACCCCUUACGAACAUCUCUCGACCGAAGAAAAGGACAAGAUGGUUCAAUACGCUGCCGAACAGGCAAAUGCACAUGGUUUCAUUACCCAAUUGCCAAACGGAUACGAUACACUUGUAGGAGAACGCGGAUUCUUACUCAGUGGAGGACAAAAGCAAAGAAUUGCAAUAGCUCGUGCUAUUGUGAAGAAGCCAGUGAUUUUGUUGUUAGAUGAAGCCACUUCUGCUUUGGACACACAAAGUGAAGGUAUCGUACAAGAAGCUUUGGAUCGUGCAGCGAAGGGAAGAACGACGAUUGUGAUCGCGCAUCGAUUAUCUACAAUCCGUAAAAGUGACAAUAUUGUCGUGAUGGGUAAAGGUGUUAUCUUGGACGAAGGUACGCAUGAUUCACUUUUGGCUAAACAGGAAGGUGCUUAUUUCGGUUUGGUAAAUGCGCAAAAGAUUCGAGCAGGUGAUUCGACAAACAAUACAUACGAUCGCGAAGAAGAUAUCCGCAAAGCCAAAGAAAAAGAAGAACGUGAGGCCGAAAAGUUGAGAGCAGAAGCCAAAGCGGAAAUGCCAGAAGGUCUUGUGAGACGCCUUACAAGUCGUAGCGUUCUGAGCGGAAUGAAAGAAGAAAAGCCAAAAAAGAAGAAGGAAAAGCGAAGAAGUUUGUUUUACUUACUUUAUCGUUUGGCUUUGAUCAAUAAGGAUUAUAUUUGGACAUUGUAUGUUCCUGGUAUUAUCGGUUCGAUCGCUUCAGGUGCUGUUUAUCCCUGCUUUUCGAUUUUGUUCGGUAAAUCUCUGCAAGAUUACUCGCUUUGUAGCACUCAUGAGGGCGGGUUCAACGGAAGCAGGAUGGAAUGUCCCGAGCCGAAUCGGUCUAUCAUGCGACACAACAGUGACCAGAAUGCUCUUUGGUUCUUUGUUAUUUCGAUUCUUGCAGUGUUUGCAAUCGCCAUCCAGAACGGAUUUAUGAUCUUGGCUUCAAGUAUUCUGAUGGAACGAUUGAGACGCAUGACCCUCAAAGCGAUGCUUCGUGCUGAUGUGAGCUUUUUUGACGAGGAAGAGAAUAGUAGUGGAACCUUAACUUCUGCCCUUGCGGAGAACAGUCAAAGGAUUAACGGCUUGGUCGGUGUUACAUUGGGAACUAUCAUUCAAAGUGUUAGUACGCUGAUUAUUGGUUGGGUGAUUGCUCUGGCAUACGGAUGGAAGCUCGCUUUACCAAUGAUAGCCACAAGUCCUCUCACUCUUUCAGCGGGAUUCAUUCGAUUGCAAAUUGUCGUUCUGAAGGACAAGAAAGUCAAAAGAGCCCAUGAGAAUGCUGCUCAACGAGCAUGUGAAGCAGCGGCUGCAAUUCGAACGGUUGCUUCACUCACACGUGAAAAGCAUACUGUAGAUUUAUACAAAGAGGAAUUGAAAGAGCCAGGAAGGAUUACCCAUCGAACUGCAUUUUACGGAAAUAUUCUUUAUUCGAUCAGUCAAGCACUCGCACUUCCAACGAUCGCCUUGGGUUUCUGGUACGGUAGUAGAUUGUUGAUCAAUGGGGAAAUUAGUAGUGGACACUUCUUUACCGUUUUAACUGCGACCGUGUUUGCAAGUAUUCAAGCAGGUAAUGCGUUCAGCUUUGUUCCUGAUGUCAGUCAAGCUCAUGGUGCAGCUGAAGAAUCUUUCCGCUUGAUUGAUAGCGUACCAGAGAUUGAUUCGGAGAGUGACAAGGGAAUCAUCUUGGAAGAAUGUGAAGGUAAUGUGACAUUUGAAGAUGUUCACUUCCGCUAUCCAACCCGACCUGCAGUUCCAGUUCUGCGCGGAAUUGACUUGGAGGUAAAAGCUGGAACGUAUUGCGCUUUGGUAGGGGGUUCUGGAUGCGGUAAAUCAACAACGAUUCAAUUGAUUGAACGAUUUUACGAUCCACAAGCAGGAAAGGUUCUGAUUGAUGGACAUGAUAUUAAAACGAUCAAUGUACGAUCUUUACGCAGAUAUAUUGCACUCGUUUCUCAAGAACCAACUUUGUACGAAGGUACGAUCGGAUGGAAUAUCGCAUUAGGUGCAGCCGGAUGGGGAAUCGGUGAUGUGGAAGAUAACACAUACGAAGGUGAUGCGAUUGAAAAAGUUACUGAACAACAAAUGCGAAAAGCUGCAAGACAGGCAAACAUUUUACGAUUUAUUGAUAGUCUACCGGACGGAUUUGAUACGCUUGUUGGAAGUCGUGGAACUGCAUUGAGUGGUGGACAAAAACAAAGAAUAGCGAUCGCAAGAGCAUUGAUCAGAGAACCAAAGAUUUUGUUGUUGGACGAAGCAACUUCUGCUUUAGACAGUGAAAGUGAACAAGUCGUUCAAGAAGCAUUGGAUAAAGCAAGUAGAGGUAGAACGACGAUUGCAAUUGCCCAUCGAUUAUCGACCAUCAGUAGAGCGGAUCGAAUUUUCUGUUUGAAAGAUGGAAAAGUGAGCGAACAAGGUGAUCAUUCUACCUUGAUGGAGCAAAAUGGAGUGUAUGCCCAUUUAGUCAGUUUACAAGAACUUCAAGCCGAUUAGAAAAACUUUUGCUUAAAUCGUGCACAUUCAUGGAUCUUCUAUGUACAUAUAAACAUGCUUCUGCUUUUAAUUAUUAUUUUCGUCAGCUUUGCUUUGGUUAUUUUGUUCUUUUUUCCUAUAGUAAAAUUGCAU